AUGGCUGCAACCCAUAAUCGCCAGUCGAGUAUUGACCUCGACUCGGCUGACCGACCAUUUGACAACAUUAUCAACUUCCGGGAUGUUGGCCGAACCAUCAACCAGUUGCUCGGCCGACGGGUCCUUAAGGAAGGUCUUCUCUACCGAAGUGCCAGGUUAGAUGAUGCGUCCGAGCGCGACAAGCGUCGUUUGGAAGAGGAGUACCAUAUCUCGACCAUCAUUGACCUUCGAUCCAGCACCGAACACCACAUGGCUGCCACGAAACAUCUUUCUGAAUCUGAGACCCCCACCCACGCUUUUUGCAAUGCGGCCAGCGACGAUACCGAAAUUGUCUCGGCAGCUGCACCUACCACGUCUUCUUCUGCAGCGAGCGCCGCCGCCGUCACCACCACCACGACAGCGACGGCCAAUCCUGAUAACAUCCAUCUAGUUGACCUCCCACAUGCACAACGCCACUUGGUCAGUCUCACUGGCAGAGCCUUCGAGCGAACCUUACUCUGGCGCCUUGAUUGGUGGAACUUUCUAAAAGUCAUUGCUCUCGCAGCGUCCGGCUACCGGACCGACGCGGUAAUCAUUGUGGGUCAGCAGGUCAUGUCUCCCCGCGGCCUCAUCGGGCUCGGCAUCGAUACGCUUGACAGUAGCUUUGGCGAGAUGAAAGAGAUCUUCGAAGUGCUUGCCGGUGGUGGUGAGACGUCGGUUAGCUUAGAUCAUAGCACAAGCAAUGGUAGCACCAGCUCCUCGAAUGCCGCAUCCCCAUAUCCUGUCAUCGUCCACUGCACCCAGGGCAAGGACCGCACGGGCCUUAUCAUCCUUCUGCUCUUGCUUCUGACGGGUACUGUACCCCAGAACGCCAUUCGGGCCGACUAUGUCCUGUCCGAGGGGGAGUUGGUCGUCGAGGCGGAGGAGCGGAUGAAAGAGAUCCGAAUGCUGGGGCUGUCGGAGGAUUAUACUAAGUGUCCCGAAGGGUUCACCGCACAGAUCUGCGCGCAUCUUGAGAGUAGAUAUGGGGGCGUGAGCGGAUAUCUGAAGCAGGUGGGUAUUGACGAAGUAAAACUGGAGCGAAUUAGGAAGAAUUUACUUGCAUGAUACUCCCUGGAUUGAGUCUCAAUGUGAUAGGAUUUCCCACAAGGCAGCAUAUAGAUGACUACGGAC